UGCUGACGCACACGAAUGCCCGCGCUCAAAGUUCCUGACAACGCGUCCCACGUGACGUCUGUGGGCGUGGCUCCCGCAAUCUCCGGCGGCCCUCUGCCAGUGCGCGCUCCCGCCCACUCUCCCUCCUCCCCCGGCGGGCCCGCGGAUGACGUCUCUUGGCUGGAGGUGCUGGGCUUCCUGGGCAGGCUGUUGGGUGCAGUCGCCGCGCUGAAGGCAGGAGAGUAUUUGCUCCGUGCGCUGUGUGCAGCCAUGGCCUGGAAGUCAGGGGGAGCCAGUCACUCCGAGCUGGUCAACAACCUGCGCAAAAAUGGAAUAAUCAAGUCGGAGCGAGUAUUUGAAGUAAUGCUAGCAACUGAUCGCAGACAUUAUGCAAAAUGCAAUCCAUAUAUGGACUCUCCACAAUCAAUAGGCUUUCAAGCAACAAUUAGUGCCCCGCACAUGCAUGCAUAUGCAUUAGAACUACUUCAUGAUCAAUUACAUGAGGGUGCCAAAGCACUUGACGUAGGAUCUGGAAGUGGCAUACUUACUGCUUGUUUCGCCAGAAUGGUUGGGCCCAAAGGAAGAGUAGUAGGAAUUGACCAUAUUAAAGAGUUAGUAGACGAUUCUAUUAAUAAUGUAAAAAAAGAUGACCCUGCAUUGAUGUCUUCUGGUCAAGUAAAACUUCUAGUUGGUGACGGGAGGAUGGGGUAUCCAGAAGAAGCUCCUUAUGAUGCCAUUCAUGUUGGUGCAGCAGCCCCUGUUGUGCCCCAAGCUCUUAUAGAUCAACUAAAACCUGGAGGAAGACUAAUACUACCAGUCGGCCCUGCUGGUGGAAACCAAAUGUUGGAGCAAUAUGAUAAGCUAGAAGAUGGAAGUGCCAAAAUGAAACCUCUGAUGGGGGUGAUCUACGUGCCUUUAACAGACAAAGAGAAGCAAUGGUCCAGGUGGAAGUGAUUUUGUAUUCCACUAUUUCUUCUUCCACACACACUAAAGGUGAAAGGGAUGAAUUGUAAUGGCGCCAUCACUCCAAUCAUUAUGUAGUAUUAUGUGUUCCUGCACUUAUUUUAUUUUACCUUCAAAAUUUGUUUUGGACUUUACCAAGUUAAAAAUGGUAUGGAAAGAUCAUAUGCCAAUUUUGUUUUGGUUCAGUUUUUUUUUUUUUUUUUUUUUUUUUCUUCUUUCUUUCUAAAAGAGAUUGCCAAUCUCAUUGGGGAAAUUUAAACCUGAGCUUUUUUUUUUUUUUUUUUUUUUGCCUCUGUCAACGCAGGAGUAUUUAAUACUAACAGCCCACUUUGGGAACUAUUUAAAUGACUUUGCACUUGUUUUGUUUUCAUCUCGGGAUAAACUUCAACUGCAACAUUCAUUAUCGCUGGUAAAAUGAUAAAUGGUCACCAAAUGACACUGUACACGCACAAUGUCGAGUGUCUGCUAAAUGCUGCUAAAUAUAGAAAUGAGCUUCCGUUUCCAGGCUUUUUUUUUUUUUUUUACGUGGUUUCAUAGAGUAGCAUGUGGAUUUAGCUUCACCAUACUACCAGGAAUGUGUUUGUCUUUUCUUAUUCUGCCGAGGUCUCUGAUUGCCCUGUAGUGUUCAGUGGAUCUGAUUGAAAGCUUUAGUUUAAAUAAAUGAUGCAGUUCAGAGUGAACAUUUAAAAAAAAUCUCAUUCUCCUAUAUCUUGGUAAUACUCAAAGAUCUGCUAUGUCAAGCACAUACAUGUUAACGCAGUUUAUAGUUCGCUGCUGUGUAUAAGACUCCAACACCACCUGUAUAAGCAUUGUUCUUGUUAAUGAACAGUUUAUGCAGUUAUGCUUUGCCAAAUAAAGUUCAAAGCAAAACCAUC